AUGUCUUCACAACAAGAAACGACACUAUCACUCUCCUCCAACGGAUCGUACCAACAUCGUCAGCACGAGGAGGACCAACCACAUUCAUCAUUCACUAAUUUUCAAAUUCUAGGAAAAUCCUUUCAACACUUGGAUCAUCUCUCUCUUCUACAACAACCCAUUCGACAAGUUUCCAUCGGGUUCGGUCACGUCAUGAUUCUCUGUGAGAAUGGAAAACUGUAUUGUUUUGGUAGAAAUGAUUGUGGACAAUUGAAUUUAAGCAUUGAAAGUAAUCCUUCCAAUAGUAACAUUUAUGGAGACACAUUGGAUAUUAUGAAGUUACGCCAUUGUUUGGGACCAACCACCACCACUCGUGUCCGUGUUGAAAAUAACACUGGAAAUAACACUGGAAAUAACAAUGACAAUACACUUCCUUCUCUAUCGAUUCGAUCGGUUCAUUGUGGAGCUCUACAUACCAUGAUUUUAUGUGAAAAUAAUAUCAUUUAUGCGUGUGGAAGUAAUUCGAAUGGACAAAUAAGUAUGCCUGCACAAGUAGCACUUGCUUGUGGAUCGGAGAUUGAAAAAUUUACUCGAGUGGAUUUGAGUUCGUGUCCAUUAUUGCAAAUGCCUUUUUCGUCCAUGAAUGCAACAACAACACCCAUGAAUCGAAUUAAGAAAUUGCAUUGUCGUUUUUCACAUAGUGGGAUUUUGAGUGAAAAUGGAGAGUUGUAUUGUUGUGGAAGAAAUUACGACUUGGAAUUAGGAAUUCCCAAAGAAGACAAAGUAUUGAAAUUCACCCAAGUGUUGAACAUUCCCAAAAUGAAACAUUUUGAUUUUGCUUGGAAAUACAUGGUUGCCAUCAGUGUUGACAAUGUCAUUUAUUCCUCAAAAUAUGGAAUUUUAAAAACCGUGCGAGAUGAAAAUGGAAAUGAAUUUUUUUGUCGAUACGAAAAGAGUACUCCCAAUUCCUUUGGAGAUAUCAUCAAACUAGAAUGUGGCAAUGAACACACCAUGUUUCUCAAUUCAAGACAUGAAUUGUAUGGAUUUGGAUAUUCAGUCGAUGGUCAAAUUGGUGUCAAUAGUGUUGUCAAGGAAGUUAUUCGAAUUGCUUUGAAUCAACUCAAAUACGAUGUCAUCCAUGAUUUUACAUGUGCCUAUAAUCAGUCGUGUAUUAUCACAAAGAAGGGCUAUCUGUAUGUGUCUGGCUUGUGGGAUUUUACGGGUCUUUCUGCAAACCAUGAUGACGAGGAUCCUGAAGCGAACCAAGUGAUUCUGAACUAUCAGAAACAGAAACCACCAGUGAAUGUCUUUCAAUUUACAAAAUUACCAAUUCCCAAGAAACGCUUCAAUUCGAUUUCUAUGGGAAAUGAAAUUGCAUUUCUAUUUCAUAGAUAUGACAAUGAGUACGAAUAUGAAAAACAGUUGAAAUCCAAACUAUUCUAUCAAUUGAAACAUUACAAUAGCAUCACGAAUCAUAGCAACAGUGAAGAACAUCCUCAUUCGUUGUUUGAUAUUGUCAUGAUCACACACGUGUGA